AUGAGACAUCGUGAAUCAAUGACAAAUAAGAUGUGAUUGAAAUCAAAUAACCCAUUGUAUGCUCGUGGUGUAAUUCAACAAGUAACAUCAGCUCGUGGUGAAUUAAAUGAAUCAAUAAUGAUUCUUGAAAAUGUUAAAGCUGCUAUUGAUGAAGGUUUAGUUGGUGUACGACAAAAAGGAAGUGCUGAAUAUCGACAAAAAAAACUGAUAAAAAAAGAAAAAAAAUAA